AUGAAGCUAAGAACCGUCUGCAGCGCGCUCUGGGCCGCCUCUCUCGCGGCCGCGAACCCAAUUUCUCGUAAAGAAUCCAAUGCAACCGCCAGCGUUUCUAGCUACUCGCAGACCGCCAGCAUUGCCGACGCCGCUUCUACCACAGACACGAUCUUCAGUGUUCCUCAGGGCCGCUACGGCGCCCUGUUCAAGCCCAAGGUGAUGGUCGUGAACAUGUACUACAAGGAGGAAGAUGCGUGGAUCAGAAACCUGGACCUGAUGCACAACAUCUCGGUACCACUGCUGUCGCCCGAGUACCCCUACGUGCACUCCAACGACAACUUCACGAUUAUGUCCGUGACCACGGGCGAGGGCGAGAUCAACGCCGCGACCACGAUCGCCGCACUGUGCAUGUCGCCGCUGCUGGACCUGACCGAGACGUACUUCCUGAUUUCGGGCAUUGGCGGCGGUUCUCCACAGCACACCACGAUCGGCAGCGUCACGUUCGCCAAGUACGCGGUCCAGGUCGGUCUGCAGUACCAGAUAGACUCGCGCGAGAUCCCCGCCAACUGGACCUACGGCUACGUGAACUUCAAGACGUCGCAGCCCAACGUGUACCCUGCUACGGUGUACGGGACUGAGAUUUUCGAGCUAAACGAGAACCUGAUGAACAGGGCCAUGCACCUGGCGUCGAACGUGACCCUGCAGAACGGCACGACCGGCAACGUGAGCUUCCGCCAGAGAUACAACGCCUCGAUGGCCGCUUACGGCGCGCCCAAGCUCGUCGCCUGCGAUACCGCGACCUCCGACGUGUACUGGUCGGGCGAGAUCCUGGAGCACGCCAUGAGCGACUUCGUCACCACCAUCUCCAACAAGACCGCGACCUACUGCUCCACCCAGCAGGAGGACAACGCCUCGCUGGAGUCCUUCCUGCGCGCCGCGAAGCACGGCCUGGUCGACUACAACCGUAUCGUGCUGACCCGCGGUAUCUCGGACUUCGACAGGGCGCCCAACGGGCUAAAUGCCACUGAGUUCUUCUUCGGCGGCAAGAACCUGCAGGGCGGCGCCACCGCGACCUUCACGAACCUGUAUCUGGCGGGGUUGCCAUUUGUGCAAGACGUGGUCGCGAACUGGGACACGCUGUACAAGGAGAACAACUUCAUGCCCAAGAACUACAUCGGCGACUACUUCGAGACCCUGGGCGGCGUCAAGAACUUCGGCUUGUAG